AUGAACUGGACCGAGGGAGCUUUGGCUCGACAUUCUCGAGGCAAGGGCUGGAAACCGGAGAUCGCUAAACAAAAACAGUACUUCGCAAAAGCUCGCUCGGGGCUUCACGGUCCUCCCAAGCCCGGCCUCGACUCUAUUUCCUUUUUCUCUCAUCAGGCCAAUUCUUCGACAUAUCCUACGAAGCGCCUCUCUACAGUUCCAUCACAAAAUUCGCCGCACUUCCAACAGCACCAGCAACACCGGCACAGCCAGCACCGCCAAUAUGACCAGAAGAACCAGCACAAUGUUCCUCAGGAUCACCGUCUGUUGAUGUCGCCAGGGCAGCAUGUGCGGAAGGAACCUCUAGUCGCAGUAGACCACGGCAUUCUACAAGAGCCCCGCUCACAGCAUGCUACCAAGAAACGAAAGCUUCCUGACUAUGAACCUGAGCUCUUGGAUGCGAAGAGACACCGUUUGCUACAAAAAGGCGACUGGGCUGGGAUCAAUGUCCAAAAGUCGCUACCUCUGCAUUUCUCGGGAGCUAGCAGCUCAAAAGGACGCCAGAUCUGGGGCUUUCGCAACAAGCAUCCUGAGGGUCAAUCUGGCUUCUUCUGGGAGCAGAACGGAAAUGGAAGGAGACCACUACAAGGCAAAGCUACAAGCUACAUUAGCACGCAAGGCGGAGACAAAGACGUCCGGAUCAGAAUCGGCAGUGAGGAUAUUCGAUACAGCGGAGGAAGUCAGAUCACGGCAAAAAGCUCUCAGAAUCGUCUUCCCAGAACUGCGACCCAGUCGAAAAGCUUACGACAGUCGGAAUACUUUGUCCAAACCUCGUCUCAAUUCUCUGCGCAGGAUUAUGGUCCUCCAGGAUUGCGAGGCCAGAGAGCUUUGCCAGUGUCCGAAACAAUAUCUUCGACACAGCGAAAGCAUGGACAGAGUGCUGCGUGCCGCGGAAAUCCUCCGCGCGCCUCGAUGUCGCUCAAAGCAUAUAGGUACCCAACCCGACUUGAGCGUUUGCCAAAGGAACCGAGCCGACUUGAGCGUUUACAAAAGGAAGGUCGGUCAUUACUUGUUGAAUCAUCUCCAUCCAGGGUACAUCAUCCUGUGCCUCGACGACUGAGCCAGCUUGUAAUGCUUGAGAGAUCAGGGAAACCAGCGUCCGAAAUGUUUGGGAGCACCAUUGGUCAGGUCGGUCGCAACCCAGUGCAAGAAGUUGCGCCAUCGGAAUGCAGUGAGAACCAGCGAUGGCAAAAGAUGAUCGAGUCUCAUGAAGAUCAAACAAAAAGCCCAUUCGAGAAAGAUUCUAGUGCAAGUCGCAAGAUCGUCAAGAUCAGUCCCGGAGUCAGCAACAUCCUCAUUUCAAGCAGCUCGGUGGUCCAUGAUUCGAGAUUCGACCACCCCCCGAUGAGCACAUUUACGGACUUUUCUUUGGAUGACAGGGCGCAGGACAGUAUGGAAACUGGCCAGUACAAGCGCUUUGGCACCUCUAUCAAGAAUGAUGGCCAACCAAGAGCCACUGCAGAGAAGAUGCGAUCCUCAUCACCUCUGCUGCCGAUCAUAUCAUCCACUCUAUCAGCUGGUCGACCGAGAGGUGACCUUUACAACGAUAAAGAGGGACUUUCCGAAGACACAUCCCUCGCGCAUGCAGAAUCCUGCUCAGACGAUGGCCACUAUGCGCAGCCUCGACAGCUACCGCCCAUGUUUGAGUCGGAUAGCGAGGAUAAACCAACUCUGAACAAGCGAGAACCAAGUGAGCAAAACUUGAGGCCUACCGAUGAAGAAAAUGAGGAAGUCGAAACCUCAAUUUUCCUUCCUCAGACACUAGAUACAGAUGCCGGAAAUGCUAUAUCGGUGCCAGGCUCAGAUAAAGUAGACAUGGAUACAGAGUGGAUGAGCUUCAUAUUCGGCGAAGACGUCGAAAAAGAUGAAGACAUUGCUUUCAAAGAGUCGCUCAAGGAAGCUGCACGAGACUUACGGCCAUCGAGCAGCUCCGCUGGCGACUACUACCAACCUUCUGUGGUUCCCAUCUCGGCCUUUGCCUCCAAAGAACUUGCACCACACAAGAUGCUUCAACACCAACAUAAGGGCGCUCUGAAUCCGGCAUCGCUGGGAUCUUCUCUAAAGGCUGGCCAGACAGACAUGGCUAUCCGUGGAGAUCUCGUAGACUGUGAAUUAGAGCAUAGCCAAUAUCAAACCACUGACACAAACAUCGCAGGCUCCUUUAUAGCAGAAGAUUCGGACUCAAUCAUACCCCAAUCCGGAACAGAGUCUCUGACAUCUGAAGUUGCUCUCACGCAGAUAACGGACUCUAUGUCAAUGAUUGCACAACCAUCCAACUCUGACUUGAGCGAAAACGUGGGGCAAAGGUUUGCCAAGCCAAAAACCUUUGUCGGGAGACUAGCCUGCUCAUCAAGCCGAGACCCUAGACCAGUUUUGCCCCUGAGCGUGAAUGAAGUUUCCAAGAAAAGGGGUAGGCCCAAGGGCAGAUCGAGAAAGAAGAAGGCCGAGGAUGGACGUGCCAAUAUCCGAGGGCUACCUGAUUAUGACGGGGAUCCAAUUGAAGGCGGAUCAGAUGAGUAG